AUGGGAUUUGACAGGAAUAGAGCUGAGAGAGCUGUGGCCAACACUGGAAACCAGGGAAUUGAACAGGCUAUGGACUGGUUAAUGGAGCAUGAAAAUGACCCAGAUAUCGAUGAGCCUUUUGUGCCACCUACAGAAAAUGUCCUUGGAGGCACAGCAGAGACACCUAGUUCAGAAAUGGCAGAUUUUGAUCCUGGGGAAGAGAUCGCAGGUGGAGAAAUCACUAAUCCUGAUGGUUCCAAACGGCCAAUGACGGAAGAGGAGAAAAGAGAACAAGUUAAAAGACUUGAGGAACUGAUGCGAAUCAAGCAAGCCGAGAGGAGGGAGCGUGAAAAGGCAGAGGAGAUCGAAAGGGAAAAGACGCGAAGGAAACACGGACAAGAGCUGCAGCAAAUUCGCCAAAAGAUACAAGAUGAUGACAUGAAGAAAUUAGCAGAUCAACGGAGGAAAGAGAAGAUGGAAGACAAACUAGCCAGACAAAGAGUUAAAGAUAAAAUUGCAAGGGACAGAGAAGAAAGAGCUCAAAAGUUUGGGGGUGGUGCGUCAUCGUCCCAGGUGCCAAGUCCGACAUCACCCACUGGUCAGGGUCCUCCGCCCACAAAACGAGAGUAUGAUGAGUCCCGGAUACAGAUCCGUCUGCUUGAUGGCUCCACGAUCACCGCAUCCUUUAAAGCCCAGGAGCCUUUGGCAGCCGUCCGUGUGUACGUACAAAUUAACGGAAAUACACCAGAAGGUCAGGACUUCGGUCUUCUGUCACCGUAUCCCCGUCACCUCUACACAGAGCUGGAUAUGGAGAAGCCACUUAAAGAAUUAGGUUUAGUGCCUUCAGCUGUGUUGGUUGUUAUAAAGAAGUAA